AUGAUAUACAGUAUUGUAUAAUAUUGUAGUGAAUGACAACCCAUUAAACAACACGUGUAUUAAAAUUAAAUAUAAUUUUUAAAAAAUGGUUAAAAUGAUUGUAUUUUUGUUGUUUAUUGGAUUGUUGGCCGCAAUCGCACCACUUAUAUCGGGUGAGUGUACGGUCUCGUCGACAACGUAUUCAACUAACGAUGGUUUAGUUGUGGCCAAAGUGGCGCAUAUCAUACAAUUCACAGCUCAGUGUCCAAACAGACCAAAAGGUCUUCCACUAUAUGCUGAUCUCAAUGGUCAGACAUUAACAGUGAUCCGAUCUGAUGAGUCAUCUACUGGACAGUCGUCUUAUCAGAUCUCAUGGACUGUUGACUUAUUGAAGUCUUCUUCGGGCAGUCACUCGAUUGCCAUCUAUGACGAGGAGGGCUUUGCAUCAGUUCGUAAGGCCCAGAGAGCCGGCGAUUCAUCACAAGUGAAGCCUUUGUUUACUUUAGAUGUAAGCCAUUCGUCACCAUAUAAGGGACCUAUUGUUCAGACAGAACUUGUGGCCACUUUGGCAGCAAUCGGUCUUUGGUGGGCCGCGUAUCGGGCAAAGGGAAAGCUUAUGGAGUAAUUGAUUAUUAGUAAUGAUUUUUAUAGUUAAAUAUUUGAAAUAAAAUAUAAAAUAUAAAAUUAUU